AUGUUAGCGUCAAUAGGGUUAAAAAUUGGUUUAUUUGCUUUUAUGAAUAUUAUUUCGUGCGUACUAAGUGUUCAACGAUAUGGUUCGCCGGGAGUUACACUUUACGUGGCGGAGCCGGAGGUCUCACGAAAAAUAACUGUAAUAAAUAGAUUCGGUGAAGAAAAAGAUAGUAAUUCGUUAGAAAGGACAAAACGCGAUGCCACGACAAUACCGCCUCCAUCGUCAGAAGACCACAAAAACUUCAAUAUAUGGACUACUCAUCUAAAUGACAGCCAUCAACAGUUAAUGGUACACUGGGUUGGUGAAGGCUCUAAUGUGAUCAUAUGCUUGGCAAGAGAUUCUAGUUCUCGGAAUAAAGGAGCACUUUCUGCAUCAGCUCUAUACAUUUCUUAUGAUUAUGGAAAAAACUUCACAAAUAAAACAGAAAGUUUCCGAUUGGGAGACUCUCCAGAUAGUGGCUAUGCUCAAUUGGAUAAAUUCUUCAACCACCCAAAGUACCCAGAAUUUUGCGUAUUCGUCGAUUCAACAAACAAGAAACUGUAUUACACGUACGACAAUGGAAAAACAAUACGUCGAUCGGACCUCGACUUUCAUCCAAGCGAGCUUGCGUUUGAUGAAGAUAUUCCGAACAGAUAUGUUAUUAUGGAUAAAGUUAACUCUACUAGGAACCUUUACAUGACCUCGGAUGGCGGGAAGACAUUCCAAAUGAUACAGAGCUACGUGAAAACCUUUUUCUGGUCUUCAGGGCCAGGGUUUUCAAAGGUUUUCUACGUAGAAAGAUGGAAGCCAGGCGGUAAUAGCACAGUGCUCAGUGUCAGUGAUCCUAACAAUAUGAUAAACGCUCACGAGCUAUUCGCGGACGCUAAGGACUUCCAGAUCAAAGGAGACUUCAUGUUUGCAACUAAACAGUCUAAAGAGAAAAACUCCUUAGAUCUCUACAUAUCUCACCAACGUGGACCAUUCUAUAAAGCUGAAUUUCAAACUGAGCUGGACCUAAACAAGUUUCACAUCGCAGAUGUUACUGAGAAACGUAUAUUUGUCUCUGUAAUGCACACAGAUAGUUUGGCUAAUCUCUACGUUUCGGAAAUUAGCAAGAAUUUCUCGCAGUACAACUUUGUGCUAAGUUUGGAUCAGAUCCUGUGUUACUUCCCCGAUGGAAAUUGGAAGGACAGCUGGCUCGAGGAUGUUACAGAAGACCCAUUUACUGAUCUAUACCGCGUUGAAGGCUUAAAGGGCAUUUACAUAGUAUCGAAAGUGAACCAGAAAACGCAGGGUUCAAACAUAGAACCGGACCACUUGAUAUCACUAAUUUCUUUCGACCAUGGUGUCACGUGGUCCCCCAUUAAACCACCCACUGAAGAUGAAAACGGAAAGCCGCUCAACUGCCACAUAGAGAACUCGUGCAGCUUGCAUUUGUGUCAGAAAUUCAGUCAGCUAUAUCCAGUUACAAGCCAACCGGGAUAUGUCAAAAACAGUGAGACGAGAUCUGCAAGCAUAAUGAGUUCUAAGUCAGCACCAGGUAUUAUUAUGGCGACUGGAGUAUUAGGAAAGAGUCUCAAGGGGAUUCCCGGAGUUUAUAUCAGUAGGGAUGCGGGACUCAGUUGGAAGAGAAUAUUAAAAGAUUACUAUUUCUUCAACUACGGUGACCAUGGCGGUGUUUUAGUGGCAGUCAAAUAUUUUAAAACGAGAGGUGAAACAAAGAAAAUAUUGUAUUCAACGAAUGAAGGCAUGGACUGGAAAUCCUAUCAAUUUAACGAUGAUGAUCUUCGCAUAUACGGACUUAUGACGGAACCAGGGGAGAACACAACGACAUUUACAAUGUUCGGCUCAGCUAAUGAGCAACACCAGUGGAUAAUUAUCACCAUGGACUUAUUGCACACUUUUGAACGGAAAUGUACGGAUGACGACUACAAGUAUUGGUCCCCAACUCCCCCGAAUACGUCAGUGUCUUGCGUUCUCGGAAUGCGAGAUACUUUCCAACGACGACUCGCUCAUACGAAUUGUCACAAUGGAAUAGGAUACGAUAGGCCCGUUAAAAAAGAAAGAUGCGAAUGUAGCAGGCGUGACUAUGAGUGUGAUUUCGGAUUUGUACUCUCAAAUAACAUCUGUGUUCGCAACCAGAACCUCAAUUAUGAUCCUUUUGCCGUUUCUCCCGAAUGUCGUCCGGGCAAGUUCUAUAAUAGGACGAAGGGCUACAGAAAAAUUGAUGGGGAUGUUUGCACUAUAUCUUCCUAUAUGCCCUAUGAACCCCAAGUCGUGCCCUGCCCUAUCGAGGAGCCGCAAGAGUUCAUGUUGGUCGCCUUGAGAGACAAAAUUGCACACAUCGAUCUAUCCGACAAUACCACUAUCAUUCCGGUUCAAGGCCAAAGAAAUAUCGUCGCUAUUGAAUUCGACAUGAAGAAUAACUGCAUAUACUGGGCCGAUAUUGAACUGGACAAAAUUAGUCGACAAUGCUUUGGAAGAGGUCAAGCCCAGGAAGUAGUCGUUGACACUGACUUGUCCAGCAUAGAAGGAAUGGCUCUAGAUUGGAUUUCAAAUGUUCUCUUCUUCGUGGAUGGAAUGAGAAAAAAAAUUGAAGCCGUCCGAACAGAUCUGACUAACAAGGGUAGAUUGAGAGCGACUAUAUUAAAUUCAAAGGUUCUUUCCAAACCGCGCGGUAUUGCAGUUCAUCCGAAAGCAGGUUAUCUGUUUUGGACAGAUUGGGAUCGUAGCAGCCCGUCUGUGUCCCGGUCGAAGCUAGAUGGUACUGAUGUGAAGAAGUUGUUCACGAAACCGAUAGUGCAGUGGCCCAACGGAAUAACCAUAGAUCAAAUGGCUGAUAGAAUUUACUGGGUGGACGCCAUGGAAGAUUACAUCGCGAGUGCAGAUCUGAAUGGUCAAUAUUUCAGAAGGAUUUUGUGGAAUGACGAGAGAGUGGGUCAUCCAUUUGCAGUUGCAGUCUUAAAGAACCAAAUGUACUGGGAUGAUUGGAAAACUAAAUCGAUAUUCAUGGCGGAUAAAGAUACAGGUGCUAAUAUUAUAACGAUAAAUGAUACUCUGUCCGGCCUGAUGGAUUUGAAAGUGUUCGCAUAUUUCAUGCAACAUGGAAGCAAUGCAUGUUCAUACAAAAACACCAGUUGUGAUACUCUUUGUUUGGGUGGUCCUGGAAAUACCUUCAGUUGUCUAUGCCCGGAUGGAUUUAACAAGGUCAAUGGAAAGUGCUUGUGUCCUAAUGGUAUGGAGCCGGCUCCCAAUAUGACUUGUCCGAAGCAAGCUGGAACUUGUUCACCGGACGAGUUCGCAUGCAAAAACGGCAUGUGUAUAACGAAGUCGUGGAGAUGCAACCGCAACGACGACUGCGGCGACAUGUCGGACGAGGUGGGCUGCGUGUGUGCGCCGCCCAUGCUGGCGUGCGACGAGGCCGGCUGCUACUUGCCCAGCUGGCGCUGCGACGGCGACGCCGACUGCGCGGACAUGAGCGAUGAGAAAGAAUGCGGCAAACAAAAUUGCACCGACACCCAGUUCCAGUGCGCCAAUGGUAAUUGCAUAGAGAAGAGAUGGGUUUGUGAUGGGGACAACGACUGUAGAGAUGGAUCUGAUGAACGUAAUUGUGCGCAAAACCAACCAAAACGUCCGGAUUCGCUGACGUGCUCGGGCCACGUGUUCCUCUGCGGCAACGACACGAGCGGCCAGUGCAUACCCAACUCGUGGGUGUGCGACGGCGAGCGCGACUGCCCCGGCGGCGAGGACGAGGGCGCGGACCGCUGCAAAGACUCCACCUGCGCGCCGUACAUGUUCCGAUGUCCGAGUGGCAAAUGUAUUUAUAUGUCCUGGGUGUGCGAUGGCGAAAACGACUGCAGCGAUGUAGAUUCAUUGGAUGAAAAGAAUUGUUCCUCAGUCGGUCAUACAAAACUCAUACCACGGCCAAGUACAGAGACACCCAUUUUCCCUCACAAUGGCUCCUGUUUAGACUGGAUGUUUAGAUGUAGCAAUGGUAACUGUCUACCAUAUUGGUGGCGAUGUGAUGGGAUAAACGACUGUGGGGAUAACUCUGAUGAGUUGUUAUGUGGUUUGGUCAACCCUGAGAAACCAAUUGUAAGACCGGAGCAUGAUGCGACAAGGACAAAGUGCAAUAAAAAUCAGUUUACAUGUGCUCCUGGUGUAUGCAUCCCGCUGUCGUGGGUGUGCGACCUGAUGCCGGACUGCACGGACGGCGCGGACGAGCGCGGCUGCGGCGCCGUGGUCGCCGCGCCCGCGCGCUGCGCCGCCGACAGCACGCUGUGCGCCGACGGCCGCGCCUGCGUGCGCGACCACCAGCUGUGCGACGGCGCGCCCGACUGCGAGGACGCGAGCGACGAGGCCUACUGCGGCACGAAACACAGAAACAUAUCCAACUGCCCGUCUCGCUACUUCCAAUGCGACGACGGCCUGAAGUGCCUGUGGCAGGUGAAGGUGUGCAACGGUCACCAGGACUGCUACGACGGCAGUGACGAGGCGAACUGCACCAAUGAGGACAAACGGACGUUCUAUAAUUCUAUAAGCAUAGGAGUGGACCAGUUUUCAAUAAACUCGACAAGUUUCCUGAUAUCCUGCUGGCUCCCGCAAAAGAAGUUUGUCAUGAUGAACUACCUGCCGUCCAUAUCUAAGAUCAGUGACGGGACGUGGAAAAAUAUGACGUGGACCAAUGAAAGUGUCUACAUAUUUACUGAUUUGGAACCAUACACUGAAUACAACGUGACAGUCUAUAUUAAGGAUAGCAGGACGGAAAGUGUAUAUGCAUCAGAUAAAUAUGUUUCUACGAUGACUGGUGAAGGAGAACCUUCCCCACCCAGACGUCUAACAGUACGCCAGAUGGUUGGGCGGCGAGUGAACCUCAUCUGGGACCCGCCCGCGCAGCCACGCGGCGCGCUGCUCUCCUACACCGUGUACUACGUGCCGCCGCUGCCGCCCAUACAGAGGCUCGUGCGUGCGGAAAACAAGCCCGUGUCCGUCGUCCUAGAAGGGUUCUUCAAACCUAAUAAGAAUUAUUCGUUCUGGGUGACAGCUACAAACGGCGCGCAAACAUCCCAGUCGACGCCGAUAGCGAACAUAACAUUCGACGACGUGAGUGACGUAGACGAUAUCGUGAACGCGAGCGUGACGCGCGUAAAUGGAGGCGCCUGCCUCCACUGGCAUCGAUUACGCGGCGUCGACGGGUACGCCGUGCAGCUGCGGCUACCGCCCGGGUAUAGGAAGCGAGAUGUGAUCACUACUCCUGAUAAUGCCUUAAAUAUAACAAAUCUACCACCCGGCGUCACAGUAUACAUAGACAUUAGAGCAUUUAAGAACACAACAAUGGGUGACCCCUUCACAAUACCCCUUAAGACGGAAGGGGUUCCAGACGAAAGAAUCAAUAUGACAGCAGUGUUAUUAAAGGAGAAACGCACUUCCGUACAACUGUCCUGGACGCCUCCAACCGCAGACAGAUAUAAGAACAAGAAGUUGGAAUAUGAAAUCUAUUAUGUCAAUUUGCCGGAAUGGAAGAAUAAUGGCACAGAUAUAGUGAUAAAGAACACAACUAUACUGAUCGAAGGUCUGCAUGCUUGUGAAAGCUAUAUGUUUUCGGUGGGACUGCGCGGUGGACCGGUUACAUCAAGGGAAAUUAUUACACGAGAAAAUCCUAAGGCGCCUGUAAAAGAUUUACACUUUUUAUUCGACACGAAAAAGGCACAGCUUCAAAUUUUGUGGAAGGCAAAUUGUGACGUCAUACAAGAGCCAGUGGCUUACAGGCUGGACAUAACCGAAUUGACACAUGACAAAAUAAGUCGAUUCGAACUGAAAGCGAGUGCGAAUGUGUCUCUCGCACACGUGAUCGAGGGCGUGCCGCUCGGUGGGCGAUUCAACAUCUGUGUAUAUGCAACAGAGAAGGGGUCGGCCUCCACGUGCGGCCUGUUCCGCAGCGGCGAGGUGGAGGCUCCGAGCGGCGUGAUGGCGUGGCUGUCGCCCACCGGACACGUCAUGGUCAGCUGGCAGCACCCCGACGACAACGCCUCAGUGCCCAAGCUUAAAUAUCAAAUCUUGGUGUCUCAAAAGGAAAUACCAGAAGAUCUUCUUCAUCCAAAUGAAGAUAUUAAGACAGCUGUAGCCGAAUUUUCGCCUUUGAUAAUGACUGCAGAUAGCGCUCCAACGGGACCGUUAUUUGUGAGCGUUAGAGCCAUUACCGAAGACGGAUAUUACAGCGAUCUGAGUGAAGUUUUGACUAUGGCUGGUGCAGAGUCCCUGGGCAGUGAGGCGGGUGCGGGCGGGUGGGGCGCGCAGGCGGCGUGGUGGGGCGCGGGCGCGGCGUGCGCGGCGGCGCUGGCGCUGGGCGGCGCGCUGCUGCACGCGGCGCUGCGCCACCGCCGCCUCGCCGCUUCGCUGCUGCACCUCGCGGCCACCACCAGAUACGACAGCCGGCGCGGGCAAGCCACCAUCGAUCAUGAUGACGACGACGUACCUCCAAUCCACGGUUUCUCAGACGAUGAGCCUCUGGUGAUAGCC